AUGUUAUAUGAGUCAUUUUUUCGAGGACGUAGGCUUAUUGGCAAAAAAAUUAAUUUAGAACAAAAUGAUUACGAAGGACAUAUAUUUAAAGAAUCUUCAAUGAUCACGUCAGCAACAGGUUCAGAAAUGGAAUUGGAAGAAGAGAAAGAACAAGAAAUUGUGGUAGAGAAAACAAGAAAUUGGGAAACGGUCAAGAAAUUUGAUUCAUUUCUGGUAUGGCAACAUAAUGAAAUUCCUAAAACUUCUAAUGAUCAAAUAAUCAAAUCUUUAGAAUGGAUAAAGAUUGCAAAUAUUGUAAGUACCGUUUAA